AUGCCGCGUCGUAAACUUACCAUUUGCCCAGGCGGCUUUGGCGGCUGGGAGCCCAAAAUACAUUCCCACUACGCGGACCUGCAGCAGAAGCUUCUGGGGUGGAAGCCUCGCCUGCGCCGUCGCCUGCACUUCAAGAAGAGCGUAUGGAUGUGCGUCACCAUCAACUUUGGCCCGCGCACCCUUUGCUACCCCCACCGCGACUUCGGCAAUCUCGCCUACGGCUUCUGCGCCAUCACCGCUCUGGGCCGCUUCAACCCUGACAAAGGGGGGCACAUCGUCCUGCGCGAACUCAAGCUCGUGAUUAGGUUCCCCCCGGGCUCGACCAUCCUCAUACCCUCCGCGCUCAUCACGCACUACAACAUCGAUAUUCUGGAGGGCGAAACCCGAUACUCCGUUACGCAAUAUACAGCGGGCGGCCUCUUCCGAUUUGUAGAGCAUGGUUUCAAGCUGAACGAAGAGUAUUACGCCGGGAUGAGCGCCUCAGAGCGCAGGGAGGCCGCGGCUGAAGAUGCGGGGCGCUGGAAAAAAGGGGUGGCGAUGUUUUCGCGGCUGCCGGAGCUGAGGAGGAAAGCGCAGGUCGCAAAGGCAACGGCAUAG